AUUGGCGCAUUGCGCCGUCGCUCGGAGGCAGCCCCGCCCCCUCCAAAGCUUACAUUUACGCUGUAGCAAAAGAGAAAGUAACUCUGUGUUGCUGCUGGGGAUCAAUGAAGCUGAGUGAAUGGGGGCGCACUGCGCGAGCGCAUAGCUGGAGCGGGCGCCAGAUGGUAGAGGGCUCCGCUUAUUGAUGAAACUCUUGAGUUCUUCUUGAAUUGUCAGUUCUCAGCAUCCUCAUGCCUCCAUCUCCUUUAGACGACAGGGUAGUAGUGGCACUGUCCAGGCCUGUCCGACCUCAGGAUCUCAACCUUUGUUUAGACUCUAGCUACCUUGGCUCUGCCAGCCCGGGCAGUGGUAGCCAGGCUCCUGUCAUUGCCACCGCCGUUGUGACCCUCAAGGCUGCGAAUCUGACGUAUAUGCCCUCAUCCAGCGGCUCUGCCCGCUCCCUGAAUUGCGGAUGCAGCAGCACUAGCUGCUGCACUGUGGCAACCUACGACAAGGAUCAUCAGGCCCAGACUCAAGCCAUUGCUGCUGGCACUGCCACCACCACCAUAGGAACCUCGACCACCUGCCCUGUUAACCAGAUGGUCAACAACAAUGAGAAUACAGGCUCUUUAAGUCCAUCGGGUGGGGUGGGUAGCCCCGUGUCAGGGACUCCCAAGCAGCUAGCCAGCAUCAAAAUCAUCUACCCCAAUGACCUGGCGAAGAAGAUGACCAAAUGCAGCAAGAGUCACUUGCCCAGCCAGGGUCCUGUCAUCAUUGACUGCAGGCCUUUCAUGGAGUACAACAAGAGUCACAUCCAAGGAGCUGUCCACAUUAACUGUGCCGAUAAGAUCAGCCGGCGGAGGCUGCAGCAGGGCAAGAUCACUGUCUUAGACUUGAUUUCCUGUAGAGAAGGCAAAGACUCUUUCAAGAGGAUCUUUUCCAAAGAAAUUAUAGUUUAUGAUGAGAAUACCAAUGAGCCGAGCCGUGUGACGCCAUCCCAACCACUUCACAUAGUCCUCGAGUCCCUGAAGAGAGAAGGCAAAGAACCCCUGGUAUUGAAAGGGGGACUCAGUAGUUUUAAACAGAACCAUGGAAACCUCUGUGACAACUCCCUCCAGCUUCAAGAGUGCCGGGAGGUGGGGGGUGGUGCAUCUGCGGCCUCGAGCAUGCUACCUCAGUCUGUCCCCACCACCCCUGACAUCGAGAACGCAGAGCUGACGCCCAUCCUGCCCUUCCUGUUCCUUGGCAAUGAGCAGGAUGCUCAGGACCUAGACACCAUGCAAAGGCUCAACAUCGGCUACGUCAUCAACGUCACCACGCACCUUCCUCUGUACCACUAUGAGAAAGGCCUCUUCAACUACAAGAGGCUGCCAGCCACUGAUAGCAACAAGCAAAACCUGCGGCAGUACUUUGAAGAGGCGUUCGAAUUCAUCGAGGAAGCUCAUCAGUGUGGGAAGGGCCUUCUCAUCCACUGCCAGGCUGGCGUGUCCCGCUCUGCCACCAUUGUCAUCGCUUACCUGAUGAAGCACACACGGAUGACCAUGACUGAUGCUUACAAAUUCGUCAAAGGCAAACGACCAAUUAUUUCCCCGAACCUCAACUUCAUGGGGCAGUUGCUGGAAUUUGAGGAAGACCUAAACAAUGGCGUGACACCUCGGAUCCUUACACCAAAGCUGAUGGGCAUGGAGACGGUCGUGUGACAGCAGGCAGGGUGGAAAUGGCCGUGCUCUGUUAGAAGUCGGAUGAACAGGAAGGAAGGUGGAAUCUAGCUUGUCUUUAUUCUUUCUUUCUUUCUUUCUUUCUUUCUUUCUUUCUUUCUUUCUUUCUUUCUCUCUUUCUUUCUCUCUCUUUCUCUCUUUCUCUCUUUUUCUUUUUUUAAGGUCGGGAGUGUUUGUGAAAGGAAAGAAACUUGUCUAAAGACUCUAUUUUUAAUAAGUAUAAGAAGACUGUAACUUUUGACGCCGAUGAGACACACUUCUCUUAAACUGAUAUUGCAGUUAGGUUAAGGAAGUCAUUUUGUUUUUUUUGUUUUUUUUAAAGCCAACAAAUAAAAAUAUUAUAAAACUUGUUUCUCCCCAA